CAUCUUGAAACGCUGAUCACAGAACUUGAGGAGGAGUGCACUUCUGCAGGUAAUGUCCCAAUUACACCUUCAUAGUGCUGUCCAGUGAAUUUUCAUCUGCCAGGAAUGCGAGUAUUCUCCCACUGAUCAAUCUACAUUGCACACCUAACUUGUGAACAGAAACAUUCGUACUGCAAUCCAAGAUGGCUGACAUGGCUCCCAUGUUGGAGAAUGGCCUUGACAAUUCAGAUGAUGAGAACAAGAUUAAGGUGUUGGAGCUGGUGUUCAGAAAUAUCAACUAUCGAGUUGGAGACAAGCAUAUCCUCCAAGAUAUCAGUGGCAUUGCUCAGGCUGGACAGUUGUUGGCUGUGAUGGGGCCCAGCGGUAGUGGAAAGACCUCACUAUUGAAUGCUCUUGCUGGUCGUAAUGGCCUUCACUCAGGGGAUGUAACUCUCAACAAGCGUCCCCUGGAUAAGCAGCUGAAGAGGAAGGUGUGCUAUGUUCUGCAGGAGGACAUCUUCUUUGCUGGUCUGACUCUCAGAGAAACCUUGAUGUUUACAACAAUGAUGCGUCUCCCUGAUUACAUGAACCAUGAAGACAAGAUGGACAGAAUGGAAGACAUUAUUGAUGCUCUUGAUCUACGAGGCUGUCUGGACACAAUUAUUGGUGAUGCUCUGGUGCGAGGCUUGUCUGGGGGAGAGAAGAAGAGAGCAAACAUUGCUUGUGAACUUAUUACAGAUCCAGCCAUCAUCCUUCUAGAUGAGCCUACAUCCGGGCUGGACUACAGCAUCGCCUUGAGCCUGGUGAAGACAUUGAAGCAAUAUACAACAGAACGCAACAAGAUGGUCAUCACAACACUGCAUCAACCUUCCAGCCAGAUGUUCUACCAGUUUGACAAGUUGCUGCUCAUGUCGGAGGGAGAGCUUGCCUAUUUUGGAGACUCUGAAAAUGUGAUGACCUUCUUCAAAGAUAUCGGCAUGCCCAUGGCAGAACACUACAACCCAGCAGACUUCAUAGUGGAGAAGUUGCGAGAAGAUGAGAAGACUAGGAGGAAGAUAGUUGAUGCAGCUGAUGCCAUCAGAGGAACAGACAAUUGGCCAUUAGUUUUGAGAGGUAACACUGAUCCUGGUUUGAAUGAUGAUCGCACCCCUCUGACCACCAUCCGUCGGUCCUUCAAACCCAGCCUCAAGUAUCUCACACACAGCCCCAUCUACAGGAAAGUCAGCAAGCGACUGCGAAGAACUGAUGCCAAAUUUCAGCCAGAUAUUGAAGCUUCUGAGACUGGUAGUGUUGACAUGCUCAACCUGAAGGAGGAUAAGGACAAGUGGCCGACUGGGUUCUUCACUCAGUUCAAACAGCUCACAGUGCGGACCUUCAAGAACUCCAAGUCACGGAUCCUCAACAAACUGCGUCUGCUUGAGGCAUUGCUUCUCUGUGUGUUGGUCAGUCUGUUGUGGUUCCAGCUUCCCCGAAAUGAAGAGACACUGAGAGACAGGAUGGGAGUGAUAUUUUUCAUCGCACUCCAUUGGAGCUUCACACCACUGUUUGAUGCUGUAUCAACAUUCCCCAGUGAGAGGGUUGUAAUCCAGAAGGAGCGCUCUGCAGGCUGGUACCGACUCUCAGCGUACUACUUUGCCAAGAUGACCAGCGAGCUGCCUCUUAUCCUUCUCCUGCCCACAGCCUUCAUCAUCAUAUCAUACUGGUGCAUUGGACUGAACGGAGCUGGGCCGUUCUUCGGGACGAUCUUCACCGUCAUGCUGGGGGCCAUCUGUGGCCAGAGUAUUGGUUUGUUCCUGGGGAUUGUGUUCAUGGACUUUCAGAAGGCUAUGUCCAUUGUGACCCUUGUUAUGAUGGCUAUUAUGCUGCUUGGUGGCUUCUACACACGCCAUCUUCCCUUCUGGUUGGACUGGAUCAAGUACUUCUCCUUCCUGCACUACACCUUCCACUGCCUCAUGGUGCUGGAGUUCUCCGGAGAUAAAACUGUACAAUGUGCAACCACCACUGGGGCCUCCCAGUUCAGCAGCUGCCUGACUACCAAUGAAACGUCCGUCACCAACUACCAAGUCUUGUCCUUCUAUGAAGUGCAGCCAUCCUACUGGGUCUAUGUCUUUCCCCUCAUCUUCUUCAUCUGUUUGUUCCGGCUGCUUGGCUACCUCAUCCUCAGAUUUGUCCACAAACCCAGUUCUGUCUGAAGACCAGCAGCUCUCAGUGGACGUACUUCUAGUGAUAUCUCCAUACUGAGGUGUACUAACCAAUACUUUAACAGGAUUGUGUGUCCCAUGCUUCACUAACAUAAACUGGGAAUCAGUUGUUGCCCGAUGUUUUCUCAGUGAAAACAUUCUUAAUUGUGUGUGCAUGUUAAGUAUUAUUAACAUUGCUAUCUUGCCUGCAAGAGUAGUCUCCCUUCCUUAUUGAAACCAUAACUGUUGCCUUCAUAAAUUGUCAGUCUUUGUUUCAUCAGACAAGUUAUGUUGCUGUAUGAUGUGCCACUUGGUCAAAAUCUAAUAGAACAAGCUUCUUACGAAGCACCUCAAGGACAGUAAAAAUUGCAGCAAUAAGCUUCAUCACAAUGUUAAGUAUUUUUGUCAUAUGCAUAUAGCUUCUUUUGUUCUGUUAUUCAUUGUUUUUACAGAAGUUAUUGUAUCUAUUGAUCUGUUAUAUUAUGAACAAGAUCUGAGCAUUGCGUGGAUGAACAAAAAUAUCUCUUAUAUCUUGUGUUCAUUGGAAGGAAGGUUUCUGAGGAGAGUGAGUAAGUGAAUGUUGGGCAACACCACUACAGUUAUUUUGCAGGCACUGGUGGCGAUAAAUUCUAACAGCUUAAUCAUAUCAUGGAUAGUGAAUGUUGAGGCAGGUGAUGUCAAUGUUGUUAUUGCAAUAAGCUGCUACAUCUGUAUGUACAGCAUCAUACAGAGGUUAGGCAAUAAAUUUUGAAGAGUUGAUUUACAAAGGAAUUUGUCUUGUAAUAGAUAGUCGAAAUGGUAUUGGAGGAUUUUAAAUUUUGAAAUUAUGACUUGUGAAAAUGUUUUAGUCUUUACGAUCCAUUUUCUUCCUGAUAAUAUUGUAGUGUACAAUAUUGUAAAUAAGUGGAGAGUUCAGAAUACUCUGUCUUUCAAUAUACUCAGAUGUAUGUUGUACUCAGUGAUUGCAUUUUGUAAUCUAAUGGUACUACUUGGAACAUUAUGAAUCAACAUUUUUAGGACAGUAGUCUAACUUUGAUGAUUAAUGGUUAAUUUGUUCUAACAGUAUACUCAGGAAUUGAUAUGAAAUCCUCAAAAGUAAGUUGUGGGUCAACUACACGCUCAUUAUGUGAAUGUCUGUUCAGUAGGAUUAUGAUAAUUUGUACUGUUCCCAGUGUCAACUCUGUGGUUGCUAUUUGGAUGCUGUGUAUUGUGUGCUAUGUUCAUAUUUGUUGAAAUAAUUUUCCAUGUGUUCAUGUCUUUUUUAUGAAAUAUUGGGAGGUUAUUUGCUGCUUCUGCAAAUGAAUUUUUUCUUUGUUGUAAAAUCACCCACUUUAUCUUGAACUAUGUUUCUUAUUUCAAACUUUUUAAAUCAUUUUUUAUAUUUGUAUGGAUUCUUUACAGAACUUCUGUUGUUUCUGAGUUUGAUGUUCUUAAGUCAGAACCAGACAUAAUGUGUCUGUGUCUGUAUCAUAACUUUUUACUGACCUAAUACUGAUAUGCUAUAUUGCAGCCUUUUGUCCUCAGUCAAUACUUCAUAUAUGUUGUUCUAUCACCCUUGAGUAUAUGCGGCCAAUGUGUAGGGUAAUGGUGUGACCAUUUGGAUUAAGCUGAAGGAAGCGAAGCGCUUUAUAACAUAGGGAAGUGAUCCCAUAUCUGUGCCUGAAUACUGUGUGAAGCCUACUGUUGUCUGAGGAAGCAAUGUAUACAGUUUGUCGUAUUUUCGCAUGUAACUUUGAUAGGAUCAGUUCCCCACAUGGGUAUAAUGUGUGAAACCCAUUUCUUGUGUCCUCUGCCAUGAUAUCGCUAGAAUAUUGCUAAAAGCGGCUUAAAACUAAACUCACUCACUCAUUGAUAGGGAGACAAGUCUUUUAGUAGGUUACAUGGAUGGUGAUCAUUAACAAAAUUCCUGUGACUUGACUGGAUGGUUGAAUACAGUGGCUAUACAACAAAUUACCUGGGUGAUCGAGGAACAUAGUGUGUACAAACCUGUGAAGUAUGUCAAGUCUGCAUAUCAAGUUCCCUCCAUAACUUGUGUUCAUCUAUUGGUGAACAGGAAAACAAUCUCGAGAUGUGCAUCCACAAGAUCUGAUUUGAGCCAAGAUCUAUUCUGGGAUUCCCUGAUACUCUAUGUGUGGCUUUCUGUGCCUUCUACCCUUAUCUUUAAGUCACAGUUAUAUAUACCUUGUUUAUUGAAUGGUUUUGUUUGCAGCAUAUAUUUACCUGAACAAAUUGUACAGUAUUUUCUAAGGUGUGCAGCUGCCGACCUAAGCAUUGAGAGCUAUUUUUGUCUGUACACAUCUACCUACAACAUAGGUAUAUUAAACUGUGGUGCUUCUAUUGAAUGUCCAUGUAGGUGCUAUGAUAUAUACACCAUCUUAGCUUAACUUUUACAGGAGAAUUGUGAUGAUCCUGGUGAUACUCUUGUGUAAUCUUAACAUAUCUAUAUAUAUAUUUCAAAAAUUGAUUUAUAAUGUAUAUUUCUAUAUAUUUUGAGUAACGGAAAAACUAUGUUUCAAUAUUCCUGUUAUGAUAUGUAAAUAUCAUGUAAGCACAGUUUAAACUAUGUAUUGAGAAAAUAAUAUUGUUUAUGUUAAAAUAUAUGUUUAUGUAUUGUUGCAGGUUUUGUUUCAUUACAAUGUUCCUGAACAAAUUCAUUAUGAAGAAAUUGUUGCAGCAAGGGAUGGCUUCGCAGAUGUUUUUAUCUUCCCAUCUUUUUAACUUCCUUCAUUCCAGGCAUAUUGCCAUGUGGUUCAUGCAGGCAUAAGGAAAAGAAUAUUUUCGGUCAAAACAGUUAAGCAGUUUGUCGAUGGUUCAGAUAGCUGUUUUAUGUGUCCUAUAAAAGAUUGAUACUCAGUACUGUUCAUCGGUGUAAAUAAAAUUAUUACUAUUAUGUUAAGUAUUUACUGUUCUGGAUGUCAUAUCUGUUGAAACAAUGUUUACUAAAAUGAUCUGAACUGUCUUAAAAAAUGGCAGCCUCUCUUCACAUUUAAUCAUAAUAAAGACACAUUUGGUUGUCUUUCAGAUUUGAUUAUUUUAUUAGGUAAUAAAAUUUGAACAAAGCAUAAAUUGUAUUCAAAUACACCAUUGUUCUGAAACCAGUCUGAUGGGUAAUCUCAUCAUGUAAGAGGACAUAUGCAGGGGAGGACAUAUGCAGGGGCGGAUACAGCUUUUUGAUACAGAGAGGUGCACAGUUCGUUGUCAUGAGAGUUUCAAUGGCCAUUCAUGACAAAAGGUGUGUAUGCGCAACCCCCCUCUGGAUCCACCUAUGCAUAUGUUACACUAUUGUAGCUCUUGGUUUUGAAAUUUGAAAAUAUUGAUAUAUGAGGAAAAAACAAAUUUUCAAAUAACUAUUUACAGGACAAUUUGUUCAUCAGAAGGCAUAAAACAAUUACAAAUUUGUGUUUUAGAGCAAUAAUAAAUUCAAUUUUCCUUGCCUGCAUGAAUCUGAUGCUGUGUGUUCAAAUUGCUCACUGAGUGAUCUCUUAUUUUCUUUUUUAAGUUUGUUCCUCUAUCUGUGAUUCAAAAUAAGAUAUAUAACCCAAGGAAUGCGUAUGUAUGGCAGCAUGUUUCAUGCAUAGCUAUUGUGUGAAAUUACCAGUACAUGAAUACUCUGUAUUUUUAGGUCUCAUCUCCUGCAGUUUUGCAAAUCAGGAUGAGAUCAUAAUCUUUCCUGCCCACUCAGGCACGUGGGAAGCCAAUUAUUUCGUGGAAGCCCGAUAGGUUGCAAAGCUUUUUAUUUAGAUAGUAUUGAGGACUUGCCCAACCUUUUUAGCAACAUUCAUGUGUAAGCCAGGGUUUUAUAAUGGUAGCUAUGCCCCUGCCACUGCUUAACUUUAAGACAUUUGUAAUUUUGCAAUAAAUUAAAUGAUGUUUCAAGAUGUCUGAUGGUGUGAGGAGCAUUACGUGUGGUGUUUGUCAUGUAGAACAGUUAUAUCCUGAAGUGGGACUUUUUAAAAAAUCCAGUUUAUAAAAUGAAAAGUACAAAAAAUAUAUAGCAUGUUUUUUAAGUUGCCAAGCAGAAGUAGAAUGUUUAAGAAAAUGAAAAUCUCAUUUACUGUCACCUAUCCAGCCAAAACAUUUGUUGUAUCACUUUUUCUUUCUAUUGACCACGAUUAUAUUUUUAUACCUGCCUACCUGAAUUAUUGGACCCCUUGGCCAUAUCUUUUGUUGUUGAUUCCUUCCUUUACAACCAAGCAAAGAACUGAUACUCGAUACUCUGCUGCUGUACCUCAUGCUGGCAAGUUGAUCUCUUCACUGGGUCAGUAUCGAUUAGGGGUAGAAAGAUACAGCAAGAUUGGAUAGGUAUACCGAUACUCAUAGUCUAUACAAAUUACAGUGCAGGUUUCAAGGUAAAGUUAUCUGUGAAGAAAAGUAUAUUUGCUAUCAUUGGAUUAGUGUAGUUUCACCCCCAGUAUUAUAUCUCCAGGCCCAAAUGUUUCAGGGCAGUGUGUUGCUAUGUGAAUCUGUAAACAAUAUGCAUUAGGAUAAAGCUGAUUGAAUGCUUUUGUAUUUUGGUGUACACCUGGGUAAGAGUGGGUUAUGAUCAAACUAAGAUGUUGUUGGCAUUGUAGUAGUAUGUAGUGCAACUCAAGAUCUGAUAUAUUCUCUAAUUAUGUGCAUGAGAAGGUUGGCACAUGUAGGUUUGAUCUCAGCAGGAGACACAAAGUAUGCUAUUAUAGUCAUGUGAUCUGAAUACUCUUUUACCUUGAAAGAGACAUGAAAAAAUGAUUGUGAAAUGUGUUUUGGUCAAUAUGAAAAGUGAUUAUGGUGGCAUGUCAUUGAUCUGAUAUGGUUUAACUUCGUUUUAGAAUAUUUUUACACUAAUGUGUGAACAGGCCUUGUAAAUGUUUUCUCUUAUAUGCAAUGAAUGAGAUUUUCCUGGUGUUCUAAUCCUGUAAGAACAAUUAUAUUUAUUCUUGUAUGCAUGUUGUCAAGAAAAUAGAUGUUAUUUAUGCAUAAUAUUGGCAAUGUCUUGUAACUUGAACAUAAAACACAUAAAGGUGAAUAAAUGAAUAAGAAGUCGGAAGUGAAAAUGAAUUUUUCAUACAGUGGUAAUGGACAUCUUGGUAUGACCGACUGAUUUGGGGCAUUUUCUGUUGUAUAAUGUAGGCUUUUUAUUGUAUUAAGGCAACUCACUAAUUUUGUACCUGGCAUUAUAUAAGGCAAUAGAAACAUCAAAUAACCUAAUCAAGCCCGUUUUCAAAAGUGCAUGAACUAAACUUCUUAUUAAUCUGUGUUUACAUGGAUCCAGUUCUCCAAAUUGAUCUUGAGACUAUCAUAAGCAGAUGUUAAAUUGCUUGAGUUGUGAUCACCUUAGCUCUAAGAUUCCUUUGUGGAACAGGUCCAUGAUCCUUUAUUUCAAGGUUGUGUAGCAGAGUUUAUUUCAGAAUUGUUCUAUAUUAACUAUAUAAGUGCUGUUGUGAAUUAAGAGUCACCAAGACAUAGCCUUGGUCAUGAGCUCAAAAGCAGCUUUAUUUAAUAAAAGGACAGUUUUACAACCA